AUGCUUUCUUCCCCUCGCCCUUCCUCGCCCGUUAACGCGCCCGGCGCCGCCGCCUCUGGCGCAAGCGUCGCGCGCCCUUCGUCCCCUACCCCCCCCGGUGGUCCUCGCACCGCCAUUCGUCGCCGUGCGGCUGCCGACCAGAAGGAGAAGAUUGCCAAUGCGCGGCCGAACAGCACGAGGGCUGCCGGUGCCGGUGGCAGCAGCAGCACCAUGCUGAGACUCUACACUGACGAGUCUCCCGGCCUCAAGGUCGACCCCGUCGUUGUCCUGGUUCUUUCCCUUGUUUUCAUUUUCAGCGUUGUUGCUCUUCACAUCAUUGCUAAGAUUACCCGCAAAUUCUCCUCUUAA